GUACUGAUGCCCGUUGAGGGAAAGGCUGCGGGAGGGCUGUGCGCGCUCUUGACUACAUCAUUGUCGGAGGGGAAGCAACUGCUACAACACAGCACUCACUCACUUUUGAGACUCGCAAAGAACUAGACUCUGGGAUUGGAAUCUUGGACGGAAGUCUAGCCAAACACCCUCGUGUAUGUAGUUGUUUUAAGCGCGUCCAGGGGGAAGGUCAAUUGGAAAGAGCUCUGUGCAAGACAUGUCAUCAGCAACAGCUUCAGCGGUUGAUGUGCCCAGGACCGACAACGCGAUACAUGGACAAAAUCAUUCCGGCCAGUGCACCCCCAUGCCCUUGCCAGCACUGGGUAGCCAGAGAAUUGUCCAGGGUAAUGGCACCAGUGUGGGCACAGUGAUCUCACUUCUCUGCCCACCCAGACAUCGACUGGUAGGAGGAGUGGUGUGUGUCUGGGGCUCCAACAGCACCCGCUGGUUUGGAGACACACCCUGGUGUGAACCCCCACCCCAGAAUGAGAACUUUGGCUUCCAUGUAGCGGUGGUGGCAUCCAUAGUGAGUGCAGCCAUCAUCCUUCUUAUGUCAAUGGCUUUCCUCACCUGCUGUUUGCAUGACUGUGUCAAGAAAGAAGAGAGGAAAAAAGAGGAGAGGGAGAUGGGUCUAUGGCCCCAGAUGGAGGGAAACAGGUCCUCCUACUACAACCACAAGGGCAGGAACAAUAAUAACAACACCCAAGAAAAGGCCCUGACACUCUGGGAUAACUACGACCCUAACUUGUGUGAUCAUAGAAGACACUGCAGGUGUUAUGAACAGUAUCCCUACGCUGUGACUGGGUCAGCCUCGACCUUCGGACCGCCCUUGUCGUCAGCUGCUUUCCCCUGCAGAGUGUACAAGCAGCCACUCUUGCCCCAAAACUCUGGCCUCUACCAGCACCCAGCAUCUUCUCAGACCGCUGCCCCACCCCAGUACCCAGGUCCACCUCGGACCAGCGGCCUGGGCCAGAGCUCAGCUUUAUCGUCCAUCUCAGGUCCUGUGUGGCAUCAUGGUGGACAGGAGAUGGGUGCGUCUGUGAUGACUCGUCCACCUCUGGAGGACUCCAGACGGAUGAGUGGACAGCUGCUCUCUGCCCAGGAUUGCUCCAUACGGGUCAUAUCUGUGUGACGACACAGCCAGUUGAUCAAGCACAGAGACAGUAACCAUGGGAACUAUUCUAUAGAUUUUGGACCAACUUAACACAAUACGUCCAAGUGUCACAAAAGGAGUGAAUGACCUUGUGACUGACUACAUUUGACUAUUUGUGGUAAAGCAUUCAGAUUAGGGCAGUGUAUUUUGAUACAUAGUUGUAUCAGACCAGUGCCUUACUGUAAAUGCAGAUCUCAUUCCUCGGGACAUUGCCCUACUUUAGAAAGGAAAAGCUUGCACUUGAAUGGGAAAUCUUUCUCCAUACAAAUCAUUUACUGCAUUGCUGUUUGAACUCAAUCUAGUGAUUAUGAAUCUUAGACAGAGGUGUAAUAGUUCAGGUUCAGGUAUUAAAUUAAUGUUUUAGUUUAACCCAUGCACUAACCAGAUGUAUCCAAUCACCUAGAUUUGCCAGUUACUGUAGCAUAGUUCUUAGAGCAGAUUGGUGCCAUCAGCUGGUUAUUUGGUGGAACAAACCUGACAGGAUUUCUACUUUCUGAACCAGAACUUUUACAUCUUCAAUUCUAAAUAUAUAGGACCAGUGGUAUGUGAUAAAAAAAAAAUUACACAUGAUAAUGGCUCAUGACUAUACAAAUGUAAAAUUGUAGGUUUGUUAAAACCGGUGAUUGGCUGUAUAUUUUUUUACUUUGUACAGUAUGUACACUGAACAUCAACUGUAUUGAAAUGUACAUUUUUAUAUAUUUUUUUACUACUAAUGACAACAAAAACUGUAUUGUAAACCUUGGAUGACAGUUAAACAUGCUUGAAAAAUAUGUUGUUAAAAUAAAAAUGUUGUGUUUUCUGUCACUGCCAA